UACUAAGUAUUCCGCUGACAAAAAAUUCACAGAAGGUCACAAAAAAUUUGGAAUACUAUAUUCUAUUGAACGGUACAGGCCGUGGGGUAUUAAAAACAAAAAUCGAAUUUUAAUUUGAGAAAAACUGAAAAAUUUCUUCCAAGUGCAACUUAUACUUGGGGGACAGAUUCACCAAAACCUACAACUGAUGUUAACAAAGUAUCAGACAAUUCUUAAUGAUGUGUUAAAUAAGAGUACAUUGUGUUUAUAUUUUAUAAUUUAUCUGUCAAUAGCUAUAAAAACAAUUAAAUAUAAUGGAAAAAAAAGUAAAUUUGGUUUCUCAUACUAAAUCUGAAAAAUAUUCACAAUUUUCAAGUAAAUCUAUUCGUACUAACAAUGGUUUAAAUUUAAACUGUAGCGUUUCAUUGAUAAAAAUUGAUUCUACAGAAGUCGAGAGUAAUAUUGAAUCUACUUCUAACACGGUUCCUAAAAAGAAUGUUGAUCCUGUGCCUGAAGUUCAGUUCAUUAAAAGAUCAACUAGAAAACGUACUUAUCAUAUAAAAGUAUCUGAUGACGAUUCUUUGGAUAUUUUACAGCCUAAUGAACCCAAACAAAGAAAAUAUUUGCAAAAUCAAAAGUCUGAAAAAUCUGAAAGUAAUCAACCAAUCAUACCAUUGCCUCAAACAAUUACAAAAAAGAAAAAAUGUAAAUCUUCUACAUCUCCUAAAACUUGUGAUGUCUCAUUAGUAUCUAACAUAAAAAAUACUUGUAAUAUUCAACCAAUAAAUAAUAAUAAUAGUUUAAAAAAUGUUACUAAGGAUAAAAUUCUUCCUUCAGACUUAGAAAAUGAAAUAACAACUAAAAGUAAAAACUCUAAAAAUAAAUUUGCUAGUAAUAGACCAUCAGAAAGAUUAAUUAGUCAAAGUAUACCAAAAGCAUUAAGUGCUAAUAACUCUACUAAAGGAUCAAAAACUUUUAAAUCUUUAUUAUCUAAAAAUAAAAGGUCAAAUACGAAAAACUCUGGUGUACUUUCUUGUGAAUUAAGUUCUACAACAUUUGAAAACCAAAUAGAUAAUGAUAAGUUACAAAAAUUAAAUGAAACAAAAGUUCCUCACAAGGCUGAUUUUAUCAAAACAAGGCAUGAUGGUCAUAAAUCUUCCAAAUUAAAAAAAAACUGGAGCGAAACAUGGGCUGAGAAAUCUUUGCCAAUUGAUGAAUGUCUAUCAAAUAACAAAAAAAGUGAUUCCUUUAGAAUGCUAACCAGAAAUAGAAAUAAAAGUAGUAGUAGUAUACCAUACAAAGAUAUUAAAAUUAAAAAGCAAGAAAAUAUUGAAAAUACAGAUACUGGCAUUCAAAAAAAUCUAACAAAAAUUUUAAAAACAGAUAUAUUUGCUGAAAAUCAAACUAACACAGAUUCUGACAUUACCACAAUUCAAUCAAGUGUUUCUAAUUCAACAAAGCCUAUAUCUAGUGUUAACAAUGAAUCAGAAAUUUCUGAAUGUUAUAUAUCAAACUCAAUACUUCUGCAGAAUGAAAGUGAUAAUGAAACUAAUAAUACAUUAAGUACUGAACAACUCAACAUUAAUAAUUCUUAUACAGCACAAAUUCCUGAAGACUUAUUAUUUGAUGAUAGUAUAAUACCAGUGUCUACAGAAACUCCUGAUAGUGAAUUAUGUGAUAUUUUAAAAGAAAAUCCUAUAACAUGUAAUCAAUAUAUAAAACCAUUAAAUGAAACAUCUGGAGAAAAUUUAAGUGAUGUUAGAAAUGAGUUAAUAAAAGAUCAAAAAAAUACAAAACCAGAUAUUGAAAAUAAAUUUCUUCAUAAUAAUAAUAAUCAAAGAAAAAAAUUUAUUAAAACAUGUAAGCCAGUUAAAUUAAAAACUAAAACAAAAAAAAAAAGUAGAUCUCUAGACCCAGAAUUAUCUAGUGAUUUAAUUUCUCAGAAAAUUAAAAGGGCAAUAAGUAAUUCAGUAGUUCCUAAUAAUUCUAUGACUUGUAAAUCUACUAUUGAAUCAAUCUCUAACAAUAUUAUAAAACAAAAUGAAACUGAAAAUCUAUUGGUUGAACAUGAUGUUCAAUCUAUUGUUGAUCGAUAUGAUAUUCCAUAUGAUACUGUGAAACAAGUUGUAGUUGAUGACCCUAUCUUAAUAUUUCGAGAACAGUAUUCAAAAGAAAUAACUCCAGAAAUGAUUACGGUUACACCUAUUGUUUUAGAUUUUAAAACAAAUAUAAAUUCUAGUUCAGACUGUGUGGAUAGUAUAAAAGUUGAUUACAAAGUACAGCCUUUUAGGCAAAGAAAAGCUUAUGAAAAAGAUAAUCUAAAGGAUUUAAUGACUGAACUAACCAAAACGAUGCCGUCAUGGAGCUUAAGUAUUGUUAGCAAUCCUGCUAGAUUUGUUAUUUCAAAAAUGUCUAUUAAUAAUUAUGGAGUACCUAAUGCUAAUAAAUCAAUAGUUUUGGAUAGAAACUUCAGAGGAUCUGUAUACAUUAACCAAUCAUUGGAUUACAAGUACAGCAAACAAUACACAACAGCAAAAGAGAUAGUUGAUCUUAUUAUACAAAUUGACUGUCUUUGACAUAAUUUUUGUUAUUUAAUUUACUCCAAUGUCAUUGUUCAAAUUUUUAUUUAUUUGAAUUUUAGUUUCUUUUUAAAUUUUAAUUCUAGUAUUGUUAUUAUUUAAUGUAUGGUCAAUAAAUUAAUCAAGUAAAACAUCACUUUAUUAAUUUGUUUAUAUUGUUUCUUUUAUAUUUGUUAUUUUAUAAUGAUGUUAAUUUUGUUUUGUGUUAACAAAUUAAAUGUUACUUUUCUUUAAAUUGUUUUAUUUUAUUAAUAUUCAUCAAUAAAUAAAUCAUUUGUAGGCGAUUA